AUACCAUUGUUUUUUAAAGUUAGCGUUUGCCAACGCGGACUGUUUCUGGAGUGACCCUGGAGUGUAAAAAGUGGCGCUACAAAGCUGUCAGUUAUGAUGCUGCUGAAUUCAUUAGCAUCGCUCUACUUUCUGGCCGCUGUUGCCUUUGCUGUGCCUGCUCAGGAGAAGCGCAUCCAUCACCAGCCUGAUCUGAGUGACCACGCCCAUGAUGAUGCUCACAGUUUCCAGUAUGACCAUGAGGCCUUUUUGGGCAAAGAAGAGGCCAAGACCUUUGACCAGCUGACUCCUGAGGAGAGCAAAGAUAGAUUAGCGAAGAUAGUGGACCGUAUUGACACCGACAAGGAUGGCUACAUCAGCCACGGAGAGCUGCAUUAUUGGAUCAAACACCGACAGAGGAGGUACAUCGAGGAAAAUGUUAACAAACACUGGAAGGACUACGACAAGAACCAAGAUGACAAGAUAAGCUGGGAGGAGUAUAAAAACACCACCUAUGGCUACUAUCUGGGUGAGGAUUUUGAUGAUGUUGAUGACAAGGAGACUUAUAAGUCCAUGCUCAAAAGAGAUGAAAGGCGCUUUAAGACGGCUGACCGAGACAGUGAUGGCAUUGCCACACGUGAGGAGUUCACUGCCUUCCUUCACCCUGAGGAGUUUGAUUACAUGAAAGAUGUGGUAAUUCAGGAAACUGUGGAGGACAUUGAUAAGAAUGGGGACGGGAAGAUCAACUUAGAAGAAUACAUCGGUGAUAUGUACACAGCCGAGGAUGGGGAAAGUGAGCCUGACUGGGUCCAGACAGAGAGGAAACAUUUCUCAGAGAUCAGGGAUACCAAUAAGGAUGGGUACCUGGAUGCUAAUGAAGUAGGACAGUGGGUUUUGCCUGGAGAGGUUGACCAUGCUGACAAUGAAGCCAAACAUUUGAUCCAUGAGACAGACACUGACAAGGAUGAGAGAAUAACCAAGAAGGAGAUUCUAGCCAACUGGAACAUGUUUGUGGGCAGUCAGGCUACCAAUUAUGGCGAAGACUUAACGAAGAAACACGAUGAACUUUGAUGAAACUGUAGUUAUGGGGAUAUCAGAGUAGGGGUGGAACUUGGGUCUGGAUUAUGCUGUUUUAGUUGUAUAAUCAAGAAUGUUCUUAUAACAAGCAGCAUGAAAACAUGUCAAAAUUUGCUAUCAAAUGUUUGUCUGAGGGUGUGGAUGGGAGGGUGUGGGAGAGAUUAAAGUCUUUUUUUCUACAA